GCAGUCAUCGGAACGUAACAUCACUACAGGAGGUAAAGGAAAGAUCGCCUUUAAACUUGGUCAAAAAUGACUCGAAAAACGUCCGAUUGCGCUUCUUUCACAACUGAGAGAAGGACCCACACUUGAGAAUAAUAUUGGCGAAUAAUGGCCGAAAGGGUUGAUUGGGUCGAAAUUCGUGAACCCCGUUCCGGGGACCUGAUGUAUGCCAACAUCAAAACAGGAGAAUGUCUGUGGGAGGCACCCACUUCGGCGAAAGUGAAGAAGACGAGCACAAAUCAAUGGUGGGAACUCUACGACGACAAAACAAGACGAUAUUAUUAUUAUAAUGCGCAUACCAAACAGACAGAGUGGAGAAAACCCAAGGAAUCGGAUAUCAUAACCUUAGCUAAGCUACAGAAUCUAAAAGGAAAGGCGUCAAAACGCCGCUCAAGUUCGUCUCGGAAAGACGGCUCUCAACGCCGUCGCAGCUCAUCGGGCCGAAGGGAGAGCGGCGAGGACCGAGGUCAAAACGAUGCCGACCGAUCAUUACCUCGUAAAUACAGUCGACAUAAUUCGGGUGAGAGUCUGUCGCAUGCAAGAAAACACAGUCGAAGCUCCCAUUCAAGAUCCUCUAAGAGCCAUGGACAUUCGUCUAAGGAUGAUCACGAUGAGAUAGACCGGGACUCGAAGGGAGAUGAGGGGAUGACGAAGGAUGGUGAGACGGUCGUUCACAGCUUUAACGAAGCAAGAGAGAGUGCGGAUGUUGACGAAAGACUGCACUUCAUGGAUGGCGACAGGCGUUUUUCCGAAAGAGACGAUAGCAACGAUAUCUUGGAUGUUCCAGAGCUAAACCGCGCGAACCGUGCCUCGGAUAUGGACCUGGACACGAGCCCGCACGAUAUGGACACGACCACGCGAAAUAUCGAGUACCUCAAAAUCAGUGGAGAAAUUGCCGAUCUUGCUGACGAUGCAGAAAUUAUUGCUGACGAUGCAAAUAUUUUGGAACCUUCGUUAGGGAGCCUAAUACCUCCCCCGGAAAGUCCUUCGGGUCGAAAUAGUAACUUGUCCAGCAAUUCCCCCCCGCACUUGAGUUACGUGAGCGAUGGUCCGUUGUCGGAGUCCGACACCUCCGCCCUUAAUGAUUCAUUUCACAGUUGCGAUAGUAAGUUGGGCGAGUCAAACCCCGAGUUGGAAGUUAUUGUAACGGGAGCGUCACCCCCUAAGGACGGGGGGUUGUGGGUGCCGCAAGAAAUUCCACGGACCACGUCAUUCUUUAAUAAGAUGGUGGACACUCAGGGAAACCUGAGGACGUUCAGCCCUGAAAAAGGCUCGAAGAAGGUCCAGCGACAGGCUAGUGAUAGAAGUAGCAAUGGACCACAACUCGCAAGCCCUGUCUUACGUAACGAAGGGGGACGAAGAAGGUCAAGUUCGCUUGACCCUAAGGCCUACGACAACGUACCAUCACCUUAUUUUUCUACCUACGAUAAUUUGAGGUCGGACGAGGCUGGUGAUGAAGGACCCAAAUCACUUUCACAGAAGCUUAUAUCAGGUGGCAUGUCUUUAACGACCGCUGCCCUCGUCGAAGACUGCGAGCCUAUGGAGUCUUCUGGGGACAGCGAGGCGCCGCAAGACCGCAACUCAAGACAGUAUCAACACCAGGUCUCUGACAGCGUUGUGAUGAUGUCAGCGAACGGCGGGUUAAACAACCCGCCCGCUCGGCCGCCCGCUCUUCCAGGGCUCAGAGUGCCAACGAAACGAAUUGAAAGAUCCAAUACAUGUCCUGUUCCAAAGAGUCCCAUGACACCUAUUACGCCACCUCCAGUUGCAACGCAGAGAUUCAACGAACCGGAUUUCUCCGUGCAUUCGCGGAGCAUCUUCGGCAAGAAGGAUAAUUUGAAUUCCAUGUUUAGUCAUUGCAAGCAACCAAUCAAAAAACCUGUUCUGAACACGCGCGAUAAACAACUGAAGAAGGAAGCACUCGAGAUGUUUAAAUUGGUAUUGGUGUACAUGGGGGACAAGCCAAAUCGUAAUAAGCCAUCAGAAACGGCGUUAUUAGAGAUCGUGACGAAGGCUUGGGCAAACCAAUCACUUCGAGACGAACUGUAUUUUCAACUGAUAAAGCAGACAACUGACAACAACAGUUCAACAAGUUUAGAGUUAGGAUGGGAACUGAUGGCGGUGUGUUUAGCGAUGUUUCCUCCCUCGGCGAAAUAUCACAGCUAUCUGGAAGGAUACGUCUAUAAUCACCUCAAAGAUAACCAGAAGCCGAUACACAAAAUAUUGGAACAGGAAAUCUCGAACCGUGUCGCCCAAUACGCUGAAAAUUGUCUGUACAAGCUGGAAAAAAUGGCGAAGACAGGCUCAAGAAAGGGCCAGCGGCAACCGACACAAGAAGAAGUGAAUGCAGCCAAGAGAGCGAUAUUCCAUCCUUCAAUGUUUGGUAGUACACUGGAAGACACGAUGGAGAUGCAACGAACGACGUUUCCUGACCGUAAACUACCCUGGAUACUGACUUGUUUGACGGAACAAAUUGUCCAACAACAGGGCACCUCGACCGAGGGAAUAUUCCGUGUUCCUGGUGAUAUUGACGAAGUCAACUCUCUCAAAGUUAAAACUGACAGUUGGUCUUACCCCGAUGAUUGCAACGACCCGAAUGUUGCAGCUUCACUAUUAAAACAAUGGUUCAGAGAUCUCAAAGAUCCACUCAUUGACGAGUCUGUUUAUGAAAGAUGCAUAACGAAUUGUGACGAUGAAACGAUAUCAAGCGGUAUUGUUGCAUCUCUUCCUACAAUCAAUCGUCUUGUAUUGUGUUUCAUUAUACGGUUUUUACAGAUAUUCUGCAAAGCGGAGGUAAUAAGUAUCACAAAAAUGGACGUGAACAACUUGGCGAUGGUCUGGGCACCGAACUUCCUACGGUGUCCUUCAAACGACCCGAAAGUUAUAUUUGAAAACACACGCAAAGAAAUGACUUUUGUACGAACGUUGCUGAACACUUUUGAUACAACUUUUAUGGAGGGUGUAAAAUGAUCAUGGGAUAAUGCAAAACAUUUUACCGCGUCUCUGAUCUCUAUAAUCACUGGAGUAUUAUCUUGAAUGGAAAUCUCUAGCGAGGUGUAAAGUUUUUUUAGCUAUAGAGACUGAGAAGUCUUUCCCCGAAACAUUUGUCUUUCAUUGAAGUUAAUACUCCAGGACUAUUUAGAGCUCAGUAUAUUUCGUUUUGUUUGCGAGCUCUGAUCUUAGUCCAGUGUUGCGAAAUCUAUAAAGCUCGUCAGCCACUGACCUCGUGUAAUUGGUUUGGUCAUCUGGAGUACGAGACGAUGUGAGCCCACGGAAUAAUAGCCAUGACAUUGUAUAAAGUAUUGUUAUUAAUUCAAUUGAAGUUUUAUUUUAUUGUCAAGUGUCAUCAACACUUUGAACAACGUUCCACUUUAAAGCAAGAUGCACAUGGUGUUAUAUUUUACUUUGAAAAUUUCUGGAAAUAAUUGUAACUAGAUCAUAACGCUCAGACGAGCAAUAGAUAGACAACAUACUGUUUUGUAAAUCUAAUUUCUAUACCUUAUCAUGUGGAUAUAAUCCUGAUAGUUUCUUUUGUUGUAAUACUAACUGUACCAUGUGCAUCUCGCGUGCCGAAUCGAAGUUAUAUUUAUGUACACGUAUUAAUUGAAAGAUGUUAUUUGAGCUUCA